CAAUCAAUCGUUGAAUUGAUUGCUUUCUCGCCAUUCAAAUCGGGAACCAAUGCUUUGGAUAACAUAAACAGUAUAUCUGAAGGUAUAGUACACGAAGAUCUGCACCUCUUUCUGGAGACCAAUGUUCCGAAGUCUAGCAAAAAGGCGAAAGUGGUGUUAGGAGUGGCCGACUCUCGCAUCGGGGCAUCCAUUCAAGAGGUGUUGGGCUAUAGCUGUCAACACACAGAAGUGGUGCCGGAAGUGAUUCGCGGCAUUCGCUAUAACUUUCAUUCACUCAUUAAAGGCCUAUCACUGCAAUCGGUGGGCUCUGCGGAGUGCAGUCUUGGCCGCAGUUAUUCCCGCUCUAAGGUUAAGUUCAAUGUGAACAGAGCUGAUAACAUGAUUAUACAAUCCAUUAGUCUUGUCGAUCAACUCGACAAAGACAUUAAUACAUUCUCUAUGAGACUCAGAGAGUGGUAUUCGUAUCACUUCCCAGAACUCGUUAAGAUUGUUAACGAUAACUAUUUGUACGCAAAAGUGGCUAAAGUUGUCAAAAACAGAAAGGAUUCCAUGGAUAACGACGAAGAGCUGACCGAGAAGUUGGAACAGAUUCUGAUGGACAGCGGCAAAGCCCAGGCCAUUGUUCACGCUUCCAAGUCAUCGAUGGGAAUGGAUAUCUCAGAAAUCGAUUUAAUUAAUAUCGAAAUGUUUACCUCAAAAGUCAUCUCUUUAGCCGAGUAUAGGAAACAAUUGAUGGAGUAUUUGAUGUCUCGCAUGCAUAACAUCGCUCCCAAUUUGGCCACUCUUAUCGGCGAAACAGUCGGCGCUCGACUCAUAUCACACGCGGGAAGUCUAAUGAAUUUAGCGAAAUAUCCGGCCUCUACUGUCCAGAUAUUGGGCGCUGAAAAGGCUUUGUUCAGAGCGUUGAAGACCAAAGGAAAUACUCCCAAAUAUGGUCUCAUAUUUCACUCGACUUUCAUCGGACGCGCGGGCGCUAAGAAUAAGGGAAGAAUUUCCCGAUUUUUGGCCAAUAAGUGCUCAAUCGCUGCGCGAAUCGAUUGUUUCAAUGACUUCCCGACCGAUAUAUUUGGAUCGAAACUGAAAGAACAGGUUGAGGACAGACUCAAGUUCUUCGAGAGCGGAGAU